UCACGUGAAGGAACUAAUGAGAGGUCUGCAAAGGUCGUGACAACGGAGGACGAGGUAACACAGGGAGGUAGCGACAAGACAUGAGCGGGACUGCACUACACACGACGGAUCGGUACUCAUUGCAUGUGGUAGGGAGAUUGGACGGACCAUUGGUGUUAGUGAUCGUAGAGCUUCAGCUCCAUACCAGACUGUGCAUAGUUGAGGAGGCAGAGUGUGUCCGCCGUGCCCUGCGUGAGGCCAGGGGGACAGGACUUUGGAUUGGAAUAGAAGGAGGACGGAGGAUAAAAUACGUACCUCGAGUAACGCCUUUUGAAGGGCAGUCGCGGAUAAGGGCAUGGUACGAGACGACCAGAGAGGCUGAGAGGUUGAAGAUAAGCGAAGCCAGGAAAGCUGGAGAGUUAGGGAGAGUUGUAACAGAUGGUGCCAUACUCAGGGUGCUAGCCGCUCACAAUCGGUACUGGAAGGAGUCGAUAAAGACUUUAGCGGCCAUAGAAGAUGAUGGAGAUGAGGAGGACUUUGAGACAUUGUAUGACAUUUUGGAGCUGUUGGCGAUGAGGUUACGAGUAGCUAUAGCAGGGUUAUGGCCUCUGGAGAAGUGGGAGCUUCAUGCAAGUCGGAGUCAGUGGUCGGAGGAAGAGAUUAUAGAGAACUUCCUAUUUAAUGUGGACCCAAGCCUCGACAAGGAAGUUAAGGAAGCCCGACCCAAGGAUGGGAAAUGGACUACGUACAAAAAGAACCUCGUAGAGCUUUACAAGUUGGAGGAUAACAAGUACUCCAUCAAGGACCUUGAAACGAUGACUCAAGAUGAGGAUGAGAGCGUACGGGCCUUUGGGAUGCGCUUCCAGAAGAUCUCCGACGUGCUAAUGAAGAACGGGAAGAUCUCAGAGGUCGAACGCUGUACUAUCUUCAUCGGACACCUGUCCAAAGGUAGACAAAAGAGUAUACUUAGAGAUCUUCCGCGCGACAAGCUUGGCUUCCAAGAAGUCCUAAAGCUCGUGAUAAAGGCAGAGGCAGACGAUUACAAGGACUUGGUGUGGAGAGGGAUGAGGAGACGUGACUUCUCUCUCUACAAGGAGUAUGCCACUGAUAGAUGUCCUGAUUUCAAGGACUAUCCCUGGUCGGAGAAGAAUGAGGUCGUGGAUGAGGAAGUGAAGGAGAUACGGGACAUGGUGAAGGGAUUGACGAGACAGAUGAUCACGCGGAAGACACUCAUACCUCUAUCGGAGGAGGGUCAGGGGGCCCCUAAGGCGGAAGCUUCUACAGUAGUUGUAACGGGGGUGACUGCCAGAGCGGAUCGCAUGACGACAGUCCUUCUCGAUGGAAUGGAAGGUGUGCCUCGAGACAAGUUUUAUAUACUUGGUAGCGGGGCCGUGGAGACGAUUAUAAAUGAUGGAGCGGUACUCGAUGCUGUGAUCGAUAACGGUAGUGAGGCUGUCAUCAUAGACGAGGACCUGGCAGUACAGGUUGGACUGAGCCUCGAUAGGUCAUACCUAUUUGAGAUAGAGAUGGAUGAUGGGAGAAAGCAACAGAUCACUGGGGUUUGUCACAAGGCAGCCAUAGAGAUCCAAGGGGUACGAGUGACCCUGCCUGUCUUUGCAGUCAAGAACUGCAGCUCCGACCUGCUCUUGGGUCGAACGUGGCUGAGCCACGUGCAUGCGGUGACGAUAGAGCGACCUGAUGGGAGCSAAACAUUGUCYAUUAAGAAGCCAGACSRGACGCGGGUAAUGAUUAAGACAGUGGAGCCUCGGGACYCGAGGAACAGAGCAGCUCUCGCUGUGGGUGCGAGACCCAGUGAUCAGAUUAAGUYGUUACCUAUCUCCRGCCGCGCGGUGCGAUUUCGCGAGAAGAAAUAUGGACCACUGGUCACAGAGGAAGAAGGUCGGAUCGUGGASGUGGAAGAYUUAGGGAGUCGGCUAAUAGUGUACGGCAACUCGUACCCAAAGGAAAAAGAUGAGGAAUUUGGCGGUGUGAACGAGAAGGAAGAAGUUAUCGCUUUCCUGAAAGAAAAGAUGGUUUCCCAUGUUGCGGAGCCGUCUGAUAGCGCUUAUGCUAAUCGAUGGUUCUUCCUACGAAAGCCGAAUGGCAAGAUCCGAUGGAUCCAGGACCUUCAGAAGCUCAACGCGGUGACGAUACGAGACGUGGGCUCCGUGCCACACGCCGAUUUAUUGGCAGAAGGCGCCGCACGUAGGUCGAUUUACUCGGUCUGUGAUCUGUUCUCAGGCUAUGAUGAGGUGCUACUUGACCCUAGAGACAGGCACCUGACGGCUAUGCAUACGCCAUUGGGACUAAUACAGAUGAUGGUUGUCCCUAUGGGUUGGACUAAUGGGGUAGCCGUUUUUCAGAGAGCCAUGGUAGCCGUCCUCAAGGACUUCAUCCCUGAUAAGGUUGAAGUUUUUCUGGAUGACUUUCCUAUAAAAGAGCCAGUAAACAAGGAUGAGGCAGAGGUUGCACCUGGAGUUAGAAGAUUCGUCGAGCAGCACCUAACGGAUAUUUGUGCGGUACUCGAGCAGCUGGACGAUGCGAAUCUAACAGUCAGCGGAACAAAGAGCCGAUGGGCCGUCUCGACUAUUCAGAUCUUGGGCUUUAUCUAUGACUCGAGGGGACGCCGAGCAGAUCUGGCGAAGUUAGACAAACUCCUGAACUGACCGUCACCAUUACAUAGUCCAACCGAGGUCC